CCUCCCUCCGAGUUUGCCCCGUCAGUGCUGCUCACUCAAGUUCCUUUACACACACACGCAACCACACAAGGGAGUUUAUAGUAAACAGUGAACUUCAUAUGAAGCGGAUGACGCUGAUACAGCGCAAGAUAUUUAUUUUCUUCUACUUGAAUUCUACUUUUUAGUCACCGGUUUGAUCUGGUAAUUAAAGAGGUGGUUGCUAAGAGAUGACAGUCGGUGACAUUGGUGAAAGCCUCAGAUGUUCAGCAGUCUGAAGCUCCACUCGUCUGGGAUCUUUUUCCUACACGCCUCAGUCUGUGCCUGGCUCAUAUGAAGGACGUGGCAAACGAUCUUCUAUCAACAAACUCAUAGUUACCAUGGCAGCUUUUACUGCUCCAUGUGCCAACACCAGUGCCAUGAACUCCAUGUUGACCCAUACCGCCUGGCAAAGCCAAGAAAGCAACGAUGAGGCAAGUACGAGUGGGAACGGGAACGUUGGACAGAACACUAUUCUGGAGAAAACCCACGAGUUCUUCCAGAUGUGCGACAUCGAGAACAAGGGUUUCAUCACCCGACGGGACAUGCAGAGGCUGAACAGCGAGCUUCCUCUAAGUGCGGAGGAGUUGGAGAAUGUAUUUGAUACCCUUGAUUCUGAUAACAACGGAUACCUCACCCUGGAAGAGUUCUCCUCCGGCUUUAGUUCCUUUUUGUUUGGUAAUACCAUGUCUGAAGAGGAAGUCAUGGGGGAGAAGAACAGCUUGCCAGAGGUCCUGUACCAGACACACACAGAAGAGGGUCUGGCAAAAGCAGAAGAGGAUGAGGAGGAAAAACACUUUUGCAUGCUUAUGGAGAGCCUUGGAGCCAACAAUGUCUUUGAAGAUCCUGCUGAAGUGCGCAGUCUUUGGGCCCAGCUGCGCCGGGAUGAACCACACCUUUUAUCCAAUUUUGAGGACUUCCUAGGUAGAGUGACAUCCCAGAUCCGAGAGGCCAACCAGGAGAAGAGGGAGAUGGAGAGUGCUCUCAAAAGGAAAGCAGCAACACAUGAUAAUGAGAUCCAGCGACUAUAUGAGGAGAUGGAGCAGCAAAUAAAAAGUGAAAAGGAGAGAAUUGUGCUGCAGGACUAUGAGCGGUUUCUGUCUCGCAGUCAGGACCUGGAGCUGCAGCUGUCCCGUAAGGAGAAGGAGCUGGACCAACUCUUCCAGAAACAGAAAAGAUUGGAGAGUCAGUGCCAGGAACUACACAGUGAGCAGCAUGUGACCAAGGUGGAGAAUGUGAAGCUAAAGCAGACAAAUGAUGAGUUGGCACAGGAGCUGGAACACACCUCCCAGGAGCUGAUGUUGGCACAGGAGCAGCUGAGUUUACUGCAAGAGCAGUCCACGCGACUGCAUGAAGACAAAGAGAUAGAAAUAUACAGAAUAACUGAAGGCCUGCAGAGAGAGCGAGAAAGUCUCCUUAAACAACUGGACCUGCUAAGGGAGAUGAACAAACAUUUACGAGAUGAAAGAGACAUUUGCUAUCAGAAACCAAAGAAUUCUAAAACAUCGGGUUUGAAGCCCUUAAUUGGUGUCGGGAAACGCAUAAAUACAGAUGUCUUCAAAAGUGAGGAUGAGGAGGAACUAACCUCCAGCUCUAUGAGGCAGCGCUUAGUCAAUGGGUCAUGUCAGCCGUUUUGUGCAGCACAAGCAAGAGGCCAAGGACAUCUCCAGAGAAUCAUUUCAAUUGAGGAGGACCACCUCCCCUCCUUCCUGAAUGACUGUCAAAUCCAAACCCCACUUCAAGAAUGCAAUGGAGGAAAGAAGGUCUCAGAUAAUGAAGACAAUAUAGACUUGGUAAUGAGUGAUAUUCAUCCUCGCAUGUCUUCAGCCUCGCACCAACAAAGCAUGGAGAAAAUGGAAACCCCCUCGUCUCCAAGAGGCCAGCCUGUUGGCAAAGAGAACAGCAUGAAUGAGGAAGUUAGCACUUUAGCACCUGAACGGCUCUUCAAGAUCGUCCUGGUAGGAAAUUCUAGUGUUGGAAAGACCUGCCUCCUCCGACGAUUUUGUGAUGAGGCCUUCCACCCUGGCACCUCUGCCACUGUGGGUAUAGACUACAGUGUAAAAACAAUAACUGUGGAUAACAGCCAGGUGGCGCUGCAGCUGUGGGAUACAGCAGGACAGGAGAGGUAUCGAAGCAUCACCAAGCAGUUCUUUCGUAAGGCUGAUGGUGUGGUUGUGAUGUAUGAUAUCACUACCGAGGAGAGUUUCACAGCUGUAAGACAGUGGCUCACUAGUGUUAAGGAAGGGGCAGGUGAGGACAUCCCCGUUAUGCUCCUGGGAAACAAAACAGACAAGGAGACUGAAAGAGAAGUUCAGAAAAGUAUCGGCGAAAGAUUAGCCAAGGACUGCCAGUUGACGUUCUAUGAGUGCAGCGCCUGCUCUGGAUACAAUGUCGUGGAGUCCAUGGUUCAUUUAGCCAGAAUUCUAAAAGAGCAAGAAGACCAAGAAAAGGAGAAGACUGUCCAUCUCGUCAGUAUCCACUCAGAGAAGAAGAGAUCCUGCUGCUGACAGAUAAGCAGUUGACACUUACACAGAAGCACUACCCUUUACGUAGAUACACAUUGUAAAAGUGUGAUCAAAUGUGCAAGCGAGAACAUAUCGUGCUGAUUGUCAUCACAGAAUUUUUUACUCUUUGCAUUAAAAGCUCUCUGUUAUAAAUGUGUGAUUUGCCAAACUAGUGACAGUUUAAAAACCACUUAUUCACGAGGAUGAAGUAAAACACGAGUCAUAGCUAGUAUGUGGAUUUCCCUCCGAGGGUCAGAUGUAAAUAUCACUGAACAAAUGUUAAGCCAAGUUCACUCUUUUUCAAGUCAAACUAGAACAUUUUUAAUGAAGGAUACUUGCAGUUGAAUGUAACUCACACAUUUCAAAUAUUUAAUAAUCUUCCAAAGGCUUCAUAGUAUUCAAAUGUGGAGUUUUUACUUUUAAUAUAUGAAUUCAGUGUUUAAAUGUUUCGCCUUUAUGUCUUUUUCACACAUUUAAGGUGGACUUAAUAGUGUGAAUAACUGUAGUGUAUGACUCAUUGUCCAGCAACAUUGCAUUUAACACUACUUUUGAAAAGUCUUUGGUGUUCAGUUUUUGAUCGCUUUUUAAGUUCGUGGUUAGUCUUUGGACCAAGAUUCAUUGUGGUGUUAAAUAACAUUUCGGGAUAUUAUGGUUGCUUCAGUUGGUGAACUGUAGUUAUAUCUUUUUAAUGAACAAACAAAAAAUAUUGUUUAGUAUUUGUCCCACAGCUGUUAUUGUUGAUGUUAUUUUAUAUUAUAGGUGUUGUUAUAGCAGUACUGCAAGUUACUAGGUUACCUGUGUAUUAACAUGAGAACUCCUCUCAGCUUUAUUUUGAAAGACACACCCUCGUUCCCAAGAGACCAGACAGUUGACAAAUAUUUAUUCAACUUUUCACUUUACUAUGUUUGGUGCCAAGUAUUUAUGAAAAUGAUAUCCCUGUAACUUGAUAUGUAAUUUGUAACAAUGUGGUUUUGGUAAAAAAAAAACUUACUCUCACUAACAGUGAAUCACUACUGCCAGGAUCUUGCACAUUACUCUAAUGUAGACAUACAUAUGUAUAUAAAAAAUGGAAAUGAAGACAAAUUAAUAAUAGCUAUAUGUACAGUUUAUGUGAAAAGCACAGGAGGACUUUUUGUUUCCUUCCUGGCACCAUGAAAUAAAAAUGUAUUGUACAGCA